GACAAAACAAAACAAACAAUAACCAAGGGCAAGAAAAGUCUCCAGUUAGAUGGCUUCUUGUGUGGUCAGAACAGAGGGCGUGAGGACAGUUUAGGGGGCCUAGCCAUAGAAAGUAGAUCAAGGCCAUUUUUCUUUCCUGGUGAGAAAUGUAAAUUUUAUUUAAGGCGCAAUGGGAAUUUAAAGUAAUAGAUAAAUAAAUAAAACCAAUGUGCAGUAUUCCCGUGCAAUGGGAAGACAUCAAAGUGUUUAAAUAGGGAACAAACCUGACUUACCUUAAAAAAGAAUUGUUUGGUGUGUGGUAUCCAGAAUGAAUUGAAGGGGAACGAGGCUGGAUGCGGGCUUGACCUGGCUGGUGAAGGUGGGGUUGGAGAGAGUGUGUGUUUAUGGAAUGUCCUAAACAGAGCUAAGGAAAAGAGGAAUCACAGAAGACCAGUGAGUCAUGAGCUUGGGCUCCUGGGUGGGUAGUGUUACGAUGUACUGAGAGGGAAGAAAGGGUGGAAGGAGAGUUUUGCUUGGUCUCGUUAAAUUUCACAUGCUUGUUACACAUACAACUGGGCCCUUAGAUAACAGGAAUCUGAAGAUAAAGUCUGAGUUGGGGAAUUACGUAUAGAUAACCUCCACCUGUUUAAAAUUAUCAUAGUCUCAGGCCAUAUAGAUGUGCCAUCAGCCACAUAAUAAUUAGCUCUAUUCACGGACUGAGUGAAAAACUUAACCAAAAUGACACAUAUUAAAGCAACGCACAGUUGGCAUCUGUGUACAGUAUCUUCGACUUGGGCUCUGGAACUUCAGUUCUGAGAGUGGAACUGCUCAGUCUAUGCAUUUCCGCACUCAUUUCACACUUUAAAUUUUGAAAGGGGCCCAACUCCUUAGAAAUGGUCGCACCCAUCUACGCUUGCAGCAACACGGACGCUUCCUCACACUCUGGCUAACACUGGGCAUCCGUUUUGGAAGGCAAGGAAUCCAAAACUUCUGAAAGAACAGCUGCAGUUGCUGGUCAUUUGGCUGAACUUUUUAAUGAUCAAUUAAGGACCACAGUAAUGAAGACUCACUUCCAAGAUGUUAAGAAUGAAAGUGGGGUUGUUGGAAAUGUGAUAAAUCCAAUAAAAGCCAGGGGAGUUGCAAAUGUGAGGUUCAAAGGAAAAAAAGAGAAUGUCAACAGAAAACAGGAACGCUGUCAGGUAGAAGAGUCUGGAUCUACUCCGUUCACAGACCCUCAUUGCCAUGAAAAGGUCUUCAGCUCUGUGGAAGCUAUCCUCGAUCUAUCUGUUUUUAGGAGUCAAGUCCCUCUAGAAAGUCUGGUAAUGGAUCUGAAAAGGAAAAUCCCAACUUUACGCUUCAGUCCUUUGGAACCUAAUGGAAGAAUCUCCGUCCAAGGAUCAUUUCUGGCUAUCCAGAAGCUCAAAGAAUCUUUGCUAUUAAAAGCAAGUUUUCUUUUAGAAAAAAACAGGAAUUUUAUCAGUGAGGGGAAAAGUCCGAAUAGGCAGAACCCCAGAAGGCAUCUCCAGAGAAGAAGCUCCUCAGAGUCGCUCAGGUCCUCAGUACCGGAGGCCACCAGGAGAGGAGAAACGCUUGUUCUCGACACAGAUAUUUUCCUCUACCUCAAAAAGAGCAGAUUUUACAAAAACACUUUGAAAACCUGUCAUGUUUUCUGUGAGGAAAGAGUGGAUGGUGAAAUUACCACAAUUUGUAUAAAAAAUGCUCAAGAAUGUUCUCAGCCAAAUAAUGAAAAGGUUGUAAAAGCACUUUUUGAGGAAUAUUCACUUGCUCUUCACUUUGAACUGAGAAAGGAGACACUCACUUUGAAAGGAAAGGGAAGUAAAGAUAAAAGAAAUAUUAAACUGGCAUGUGAACAACUCAGUUCAAGGUUCCCUCAGGUUCAGAUUAAUUUUUAUGAGACACACAUAGACAUUAUAGGAUCAUCUUCUGACACAAACUUGUUUAAAAAAGAGGUCACGGAAUUAAUAAGGUUAGAAAGUUAGACAAUGAGAUCUCAGCAGUAGUAAUGACAAUGGCAGUUGCUUUUCCUCACAGAGUAGUGAGCAGUGUCUGACUAGCUUUACACACAUUAUCUCAUUUAAUCCUUGCAACCAUCCUUCAGUGUAGACAUUGCUAUCCUCAUGUUGUAGCGGAAGAACCUAGGAUUUGGAGAGGUUAAAACUCUUGUCUGGAGUUAUCCAGUGGGCAAGGAAUGGGGCUGGGGUUAAACUUGGCCUAUCUGACUACAAAAAUAAUAUUUAAGGCUUAAAACUUUGAAAAAAAAUCUCUUUAAGUUUGGAGAAAUCUCACUUUCUCUGUACCUCCAAAUUUUCAGAAAGAGAAAUAGCCUUAAAUCUAACACAGAAGAUGUUUGGAUGAUUGUUACGCCUUUGGCCAUUUCAUAGCAUUUACUCCAAAUAGUUUGUUUACUCCAAACAGAAUUAGAACGCUGGCAAAACUCACUUGGAGAAGCUACUUUGAUUGAAAGUACUUCUGAAGCAGAUAAUCAUUACCUGACUAAAUCUGAUUUGUACAAGGCUGCUGGACCAUGUGGGACAUUUUUAUUGUUGCUUAUUUAGCCUAAGUACAUACAUAAAAUGCUGGUUCUCUUAGAAUUGUGAAGAAUUACAAAGUAUAGUGUCUUUUUUCUUUAUUCCUCCCUUUAUUUUAUAAUUACAUGGCUAAAGUAAUAGCAUUUGAGGAAUAAAAACAUAGAUGUUUCCUUAAAGAUGACAGAAGGAUUUGAAAAUUCUGGAGAAGAAUUACUGGAGAAGGGAAAACAAGAGCUUUUAAGUUAUUUGGUUGUCUAUGACUCCCCUGAAUUUAACUUUGGGAUAGUUUCAAGUGCCUGGGGCACAUUAUCCUAGGAUGAUAAAAUGUAUACAUCUUGCUCAUCUCAAAGUAAAUAAAUGUGGGGGCGCCUGGCUCAGUGGGUUAAGCCUCUGCCUUCAGCUCAGGUCAGGCCUCU